UCUCUCUCUCUCUCUCUCACACACACACACACACACACACACACAAACACGCACUCAUUAAUUCAUUACACCCAAGCAGUCUCUCUCUCCCCUCUUUUGGCUCUUCUCUUUUGUAUGUACAUCUCCGUCUUUUAACAGUGAAACCCCCACGCUCCAUGAAACAAUAAUACGUACGCUCGUGCAGGCCAUUUUGAUAUCUCUUCGUUUUGAGUCCUACCCUUUUGCUCAUCCCAAUCUCUAUCUCUUGGGUCACGCAUUUCACAUGACUACUUUAAAUUAGUACUCAAUUUUCUUGAAGAUUGAGAGAGAAAGAGAGAUAUAUAGAGGAAUAUAGUACAUUUGAUUUGUCUGAAACUAGUAAAUUCACGUGAUGAGCAUUUUGAAGAGUUGUUGUGCGAUUGGAUGAGGGUUUGAGUUCGUUGGAGGUGGGAUGAAUCAGCGACAGAAGAGUGGUCAAGAGAAGGGGUCGGAUGGGGUUGAAGAUGUUAUUGUUGCUGUUAAAGCAUCUAAGGAGAUCCCAAGAACCGCUUUGGUUUGGGCUUUAACUCAUAUUGUUCAAUCUGGAGCUUGUGUUAAGCUUCUUGUUGUCAUCCCUGCUCACACCUCGAGUAAAAAACUAUGGGGUUUUCCAGGAUUUACUAGUGAUUGCAGUGCUGGUCACUGGAAAUCUUUCUCAGGAACAAUUUUAGAUCAGAAGGAUGAGAUUACAGAUUCAUGCUCCCAAAUGAUGCGUGAACUCCAUGAUGUUUAUGAUCCAGAUAAGAUAAAGGUCAAGUUAAAAGUUGUUUCUGGCUCGCCAUGUGGAGUGGUGGCUGCUGAAUCUAAAAGAGCUCAAACAAACUGGGUUGUAUUGGAUAAACACCUCAAAAAAGAGGCAAAAUCCUGCAUGGAACAGCUGGAAUGCAAUGUUGUGGUGAUGAAACGCUCUCGGCCAAAGGUGCUUCGUUUGAAUUUGGUUGGAUCACCUAAUAUGGAAAUUGAAGUGCCUUGUCCUUUGCCAACUGGGUCAGGAUCAUUUCACGAAAAUCUGAAAAAUGACAAUGAUUUUUGGAAUGCUAGUCGGGUGCCAAAUGUAACUCCAGCAAGUAGCCCAGAGCAAGAGAUGUCAUUCACUACAACUGAUGUUGGAACAUUGUCAAUAUCAAGCGUAGAUCUAGGGGCUUCUCCAUUUUUCAUCUCUGAAAUUAACUGGGAUCCAAAGAAAGAAGGUUUGUUAACUACUGAAGGAAACCUCAACCUUGAUGAAUUUGAUUCUGACACUGAUAGUGAAAAGCCGAGUUCCCCUUCAACAAGUUUAUGUUCCCAGUCAUGGAUGGUAGAAGUUCUCAGCUCUGGCAGUGAAUUUUCGCAGAAUUUGAUGGAUAGGUCACAAAGACCAAGUGGUAAAUCUCUGACUCCCAUGUCCGAAUUAUUACUGGGGAAAUUCUCUGAACUUGGUCGAAACUCAGAGAUUGGAAUGCUGAAUUACAGGCUUGAUUUGGACUUGGGUAAGAAUGUGAGAGAAGUGAUAUCAUUAUCAAGAAAUGCGCCUCCUGACCCACCCCCAUUGUGUUCAAUAUGUCAGCAUAAAGCACCUGUCUUUGGAAAACCUCCUAGGUGGUUCACCUAUGCCGAGCUUGAACAUGCUACAGGUGGAUUCUCUCAAGCUAAUUUCUUGGCUGAAGGUGGAUUCGGUUCUGUAUACCGAGGGGUCUUACCAGAUGGCCGGGUCAUUGCUGUCAAACAAUAUAAACUGGCUAGUUCUCAGGGUGACCUUGAAUUUUGCUCAGAAGUGGAAGUCCUAAGCUGUGCACAGCAUCGAAAUGUUGUAAUGUUGAUCGGAUUCUGUGUGGAGGACAGUAGAAGGUUACUAGUUUAUGAAUAUAUUUGCAAUGGGUCUUUGGAUUCUCACCUGUAUGGACAUAGUCAGGAUCCACUGGAAUGGUCUGCACGACAAAAGAUUGCAGUUGGAGCUGCUCGAGGGUUGAGAUACCUCCAUGAAGAAUGUAGGGUCGGUUGUAUUGUCCAUCGUGAUAUGAGGCCAAACAAUAUUCUCUUAACUCAUGAUUUUGAACCAUUAGUUGGAGAUUUUGGUCUAGCAAGGUGGCAGCCAGAUGGUGACCUGGGUGUAGAAACAAGAAUAAUUGGAACAUUUGGGUACUUGGCUCCAGAAUAUGCUCAAAGUGGCCAAAUAACUGAAAAAGCUGAUGUGUAUUCCUUUGGGGUAGUAUUGGUGGAGCUCAUCACUGGACGGAAAGCUAUCGACAUAAACCGGCCCAAGGGACAGCAGUGCCUCACUGAAUGGGCACGCCCUUUGCUAGAAAAACAAGUCAUUGAUGAACUGAUUGAUCCAUGCUUGGGGAACUGUUAUUCAAAGCGAGAGGUUUAUUGCAUGCUGCACUGUGCUUCCUUGUGCAUCCGUCGAGAUCCUCAUUUGAGGCCUCGCAUGUCACAGGUCCUUCGGAUGUUGGAAGGUGACAUUUUGAUGAACUAGACUAAAUAUGUGUCAACCGUAUGAUGCGGGAAUCGGCUGUAGAUAGAAGAAUGUAAGCAGAACAAGAGCAGGAGCUAGAUCGAUGUUGAAGUGAUUAAAUAUCGACAUUGGCAGCAGAAGGGUCAAGUAGGAAGCUUUUCUUGUUCAUUAGCAAGCAGCUUACAUGUAGAGAAAAAGUAAAAAACAGAGUACUUCAUGUGAGGACAACACUUGUACACUCCACAUGAUGUGCGACGGCUAAAUUUCUGUCUAUUUUGGACUAAACCCAAUGCGUUUGGCUUCUCAGCUGUAUAGUUGUGAGAAGUUACAGGUACAAAUGUUUAUAUUUUGCUAUUUUGGGUGAAAAAAGGGAGCAAGGGGUUUAAGCAAGUACAUAGCAUCUUGUAGUCUUGUGGCUUAAGUUUUCAUAAUCUACCGUUUUGCUUACAUUGUCA